AUGGCGACGAUUGAGGAAGUACAAACCGCGAAUCAACAAAACGAGACCGAGGAUACAACGCCGGGGGCCGAAACGCCAGACAUCGAGAAUGCAUUCAGCGAGAAGUACAAGCUCACCGAAGAGGACAUUGAAGAGACUUGGGAGCAUGACGCCCGGAACCCCUACAACUGGCCCCUAAAGCUGAAAGUCCUACAAGUUCUCAUGAUGGCAUCUGCCGCUUUCACAACCUCUGUUGGCGUAUCGAUAUUGUCUCCGGCGCAUACCCAGUUUAUGGAAGAAUUUGGAGUGAGCAGCACAGUCGCUAUCCUACCCUUGUCGCUCUACGUUUUCGCGCUGGGUCUGGGACCAGUAGUAGGGGGACCACUGUCCGAGACAGUCGGUAGAUACCCUGUCUAUCUGGGCACAGUGAUACUUGGAAGUCUAUUCACUCUCGGAGUGGGCUUCAGUCAUACCUUUGCAGGAGUCUGCGUUCUUCGUUUUUUGGCAGGGUUCUGCUUCGCGCCAUCUCUGGCUAUCGCUGGGGGCACGAUCAACGAGACCUUCAAACCUGCGGAACGUGCUUUUCCAUCGACGAUUUUCAUCCUGACUCCUUUUCUAGGUCCUGGCCUUGGCCCAGUUAUCGGCAGCUUCAUUGUGAAUCGCAAAGGCUGGCGCUGGACCCAAUGGACCAUGAUCUUCUUCAGCAUCUUCACAAUAAUCACUACCUUGUUUUCAAAAGAAACUUUCCACCCAGCCAUCAAGCGCCGCAUGGCUAAAACAUCCGGUCGAUCCUUACCUCCCUCGCCACCCCUUGCGUCGAAGCUACGACUUUUCAUGACAAUCGCACUUCUCCGGCCCAUCCAGAUGCUUCUUAGUGAGCCAAUUGUGGCAUCCAUCUGCCUCUAUGUGGCCUGCGAGUUCGCUACGCUCUUUUCGUUCUUCGCGGCUUUCCCACUCGUUUUCCAAGGGGUGUACGGCUUCGGCAUCGAGGAGUCUGGCCUUGUGUUUCUCUCUAUCGUGGUAGGAUGCUUACUGGGGGCUCUCACUGUAUUGCUCUGUGACAUCUUCCUCUAUCGCUCCAAGUCUGCAAAGUUUGCGGGGCAACAUGUCCCUCCGGAGUAUCGUCUUUACCCGGCCAUGAUUGGAAGUGUCGGUCUCCCGAUCGGGCUGUUCUGGUUUGGCUGGACUGCGAAGGUCGGCAUAUCAUGGGCGGUUCCCGUGGUGGCUAUCAUGCUAUUUGCAUGGGGAAAUCUGUGUGUUUUCGUCAGCACGACCCAGUAUAUCGUCGAUACCUACCACGGGUUGACUGUAGCCAGUGCCAUGAGUGCAAACAGCUUGGCUCGGUAUGGGCUGGCAGCUGCAUUUCCUCUCUUCACGAUUCAGAUGUAUACUAGACUCGGUAUCGGAUGGGCCUCUAGCUUGCUUGGUUUCAUUGCGGUUGCCUUAUUGCCUGUGCCGUGGCUAUUCUUCCUGACUGGCAAGAAGUUGAGGGGCUUGACUCAGUAA